AUGGUCUUCGGCCGUCGCAAGAGAAGUGUCUCUGCCCAUCACCAGCCACUUUCCACACCUGCCGCCCAUUCCGCCCAAAGCGCUGCCAGCCAUGCUUUCCUAAAAUCCCAACCCUCCUCAGCGAGCCUCUCAUCCGCAGCAGCAGCCGCAGCUCUCCGCAACCUCACACCCACCCCGACCCCGAUCGAAGAUGUUCAGACGAAGCGCAUGGUCCGACGCGGCUCCGUCCAGUCGCAGGUCGGAGUUGGCGGUCGCCGCUCGGCCAGCGUGAGUGCUACUCUUGGUCGCUCGAACAGUAAUAGCUCGAUGAGCGCGCGCACCUUUCGCGAACAAUCUCCCCAUCGCCCGGUUUCGAGGUCGGGACCUGUAGGCGACCCCGUGGAUGUACCUCCGUUGCCUUCUCUGCCGACCACUUUCUCCCCGCGAAAAUUGCCGAAUCGACGCGCGCUGAGCAUGGAGCCGUCGAUGCGCACGUCUCCCUCAUCCCCGCCGCGCGCUGGGCGGAGGGGUGUGGAUCGGGAACAGGGCCGAGGGUCCCCGAUACAGAUCGCUACGCAUCAACGGGUGACGAGCCUAGGGACGGUGCCGGAGGUGGAAAGGUCAGGAAGCCGGAGCUCGGUUAAUUUCUCGUAUCCAUUGGGCUCGCGACCUACUUCGCCGAAUGAGAUGGCUGAAAAUAACCCGAUCAGUCUUCAUGAAGCUAUUCAAGAAUCUAUUGCCGACGUGCCCGAUAAAUCGACCAGCACGAAGGCUAGGGUGCAGCCUGGCAGCCUGGAAGGAAGCCCUGUUGAAACCAGGUCUAGUGCUGCAAGCCAAGCAGCUGACAUGCAAAAAGACAGUCCGAGGGCGAAUGCUCGGACUGAGAGGAUACGACAAGCGUCCGGGGAUGUGGAUCAUCUCGAUCAAAAUAAGAGUAAGCCAGUGGCUGCCAUGCCGCAGAAUGUGGAACACCAACAUCCGACGUCACGAGAUCUCCCUGAAAAGUGGCCAUCCGCUGUUCAAGAGCAGGAAAAGCCCAAGCAUGACGACACGAAUGUUGAAGAUAAAAAUGUACCGCGUAAUGGAAAUCGGAUGACGAGUGCAUCGCCAACUACCGAUUGCACAGAGACUGCUCCAGUGCCUCAGUCGCCCUCGCAACUGCAGACCGGGCAGCGACAACUCCGCCAGUCGAGCAGCCCCGGUCGAUCUACUCGCUUCUCCGGGUUACUUUCCGUUUCUGGUACCGGCGAUCAAAUCCACGAGCCGCCGCCCAGAUCAGUAUCUCCUGCCAAGUCGGCCCUCAAAAAUGCAAGGGGCAGCUCAUUGUCGCCUGAUAGAAGAGCGGCAACAACCACUCGAGUCUUACCGCCGAGUGAGCUUUCAGAUGGCACCUCAGUGGCGUCGGAUGAAGGAUCUCGACUUGAUGUCAAGAAGAAACCUGCAAAGGUCAGUUUCGAUGAUGAAGCUGAGGUUGUUGGUGUCGCAGCCAGUCCUCCCACCUCGCCAGAAGAAUACGUACCUGACUCCCCACCUGGCGGUAAAACCAAGUCACGUAUGAGUUGGCUUGGUGUUGGCAAGAAGAAGUCACCAGCGGAGUUUACGAGUGAUGAUGACUGGGAUGUCGUCAUAAAACCCCGACAAGUCCUCCCAUCUUUCGGUAGCAUUCGGGGCAGCCGAGGGACUGGUCUUCAAAGGUCGCCUAUCCCAGGCUUCAGUGACAAUGAGUCCACCACAUCGUCUGAAUCUGAAGUGAUGCCCCAGGCGCAUAUUGUGUUGUCAGAUGAUCACACUGUCGGAAAUAUUCCUCCUAAGCCGCAACAGCAACCAAUCUCCCAACCACAGAAAGCGAACGCUUUGGAGCAGUUGUCAGUCGGCGGCUCUUCGCCUACUUCACAAGCAAACUCGGGCUCAGAGACCAAACGGGAGGCUGGAGUCACUAGUGACAUUGCUGAGAAUCAGCCGCAGUCAGAGUUGUCUGUGCCUGUCAUUGCGGUCGAACCUGCUACGCCUCCAGCGGAUGAGCCCAAGCAAAGCCUCGACCUCAAGAGGACCAGCAUGGAUCAAUUCAGGUGCCCGGGCGGAUUUCCCCCGUCUGGCUCUGACGGCAGUCUCAAUUCCACUGCGAAGAAGACCAGAGUUCAGGCCGUGGCCAGCACUGUUCCCAAGUUCGACGACGUGGAUACAGAGGAGGAGUCUGGUGAUAGCGUCUACAGUGAUGCAGCAGAAGACAUUGACGGCGAUGGAUUUGGAUCCAUCAAUGCUAUUGUCGACAGCCGAUCAGCCCCUAGGUCGGCCCCGAUUUUAGAGGGUGCGAGCGAAUCGCGAGACGCAACCCCGAAACCCCUCAGUCGAGCUGCAAUCGUGGACAGUCAGUCGCAAGAUGUGACAGAUCAGCCACGUGAGGAGGUGCGCGCCGUCACACCGACACAAGAGUCGGUCAACCGAGUGGUAGCAGAAUCCGCUGCCUCUUCGGUUGGGCAUGGGCUUGACUCCUCAUACCAGCCAGUGUCGAACCAGCCCCAACCUCGCGCUUCGCCCAUUCAGAACGGCAGUGUCCGCGCAGAGCCUACCGCGCGAACCCGUCCUAUGUCUGUGGACGUGAGCAAGAAAUCUAAUAUGCAGGAUCCUCGGUGGUCGAGCAAUGGCGCUUCCCCACGAGGUGGAAAGAGUAAACCACGUCCAUUAUCUCUUGGUCCGGCUUUCCAAAAGACAAGCCAAGGUUUCCCUAACAGCCUCCGGCGGCAAAUGUCGAAUGGAAGUGAUUCCUCAAGCAGUUUCAAACGCUCUUCUCCGCGUGCCGAUGCUCAUCCCAUGCGACGGACAAUGAGAUCCGGUGCUGCUGGUGCCGAUGUUCGGGUUCAAUCCCCAACGCCACGGAACGACUCUCCCCUUGACAAUCGGCCUGUCUCAUCUGGUUCGAAUGGCACAAUGCGGAAGACGCUGCGCGGGUCUGCUGCAGGCGAGAGAUAUUCGUUCUUCUCAACGAACAAGAAGGCGGCGCCGAGAGCAAAGUUCACCAAGGCGCCUCCGAAGUCUGGGCGCGCAACGCGGUUUGCAGAUUCGGAUGGGGAGGAUGAUGCUCGGCCUCAGACCUUUACUAGUCGGUUUGCAGAUUCUACCGAUGAAGAUGAGCCUGCAAGCAAAACACUACGCCCCGUCCGAGGCAUUCCCCGUCGCCAGGAUGCCGACGAUGGCGACUCGACGGAAUUGGACGAUAGUUCAGAAGAAGGCACCAGGCAAAAGCCGCAGCCAGUACUGGCAUCCCGGCCAAUGACGGCCCCGCCAGGAUCCGGCGGAAAGAACGCCCCAAGCAUGUCUGGGAUGGCAGCUGUGGCCAAACAGCGUGGCAUGUCGCAAAGGGAUCUGGAAGAGUUCCUCAUGGCGCCGCCUCGUGGUCGGAAGCCAGGGCUUCUCACCCGACUCGGCAUCCUGAAGCCCAAGCACCCGGAACAUAGAGUUCGCAAAGCCGACAUGGAAAGUCCCUCGCGGAGAGACACACCGCUAGAGCGCUCACGUCUAGAACGCGAGCAACUGCGCAAUGAGGGCACGACGAAUGGAUACCAGAGCAGAACAGUGACCACUGUGUCUGCCGGGAACGGAGAGGCUCCUCGUUCAUCGAAACUGGUGAAGAGGAACUCCAAACGCCAAUCCCCAGGACCAGACAACUGGCCCCUCCCUACCGAUCUCGAACACGAGCGUCUUGAUCCAGUUGCGGAAGAUAAGCCUAGUGUCCCAUCAUCUGCUCAUGCACCACGGAACUCCGUGGCACCGACUGAAAAUGCAGCCGCACGCAAUGAAAGCGCCGAUGUCAAUGGACAAGGCGCUCUCGCUGCAUCGACGGUUGGGAAAGAGACCGAGGCACCCCGCACCGGGCCAGAUCCAAACGACAGUGCCUCCGAGACGAUGCAUCCCGAGGAGCCUGGGAUAUCAGCGCGCGACGUCGUGAUCGCUGGCUCCGGACGGAAGAAACGAUUCCCUCUUCUUCGCAAGGCAUUCGGGAUGCGCACUUGA